UGUUUGUCCCAACAGGACAUUAUGUUCAGUUCUAUUGAACCACAGUCAGAGGUUUUUGCAAGGGAACAGAGUGAUCCUGGGACCCAGAAGUUUAUAUGGCAAAAGUGGGAAAAUGGGCCGAGGCAGUAUGAAUUCUCCAGGCAUCCUGGAGUCAAUGUUCCUGACCUGGACAAGGAAUCCAGCCCCUUGACUAUCUUCCCCAUCUUCAUAACCGAUGAACUUCUGGGAGUACUUGUCCAGGAGUCUUAACUGGUAUCACUACCAGCAAUCUCCAACCUACUCUACACACAAGAAAGCGUGGUUUGACAUUUCAGUUUCAGAGCUGAAGGCCUAUCUGAGUCUUUGGCUCUUGAUGGGUAUUGUGCCAAGGCCAGAGUUGAAAUGGUAUUGGUCAACAGAUCCCCAGCAUGUCAUGCCUUUGUUCUCUGAGACGAUGACAAAGGACAGGUUUGAAACUAUCACUGGGUGUCUCCAUGCAGCUGACAGCAAUGGCAAGCAUGCUGCUGGUGAUCAUCACAGGAAGUUCCGCCCUGUGAUUGACCUGCUCUCUCAUCAGUUUUUGGCUGUUUAUUCUUCUUCUAAGAGGAUUACAGUUGAUGAGAGUCUCUGGAGAUUCCACAAUCAAGCAUGCUCAAGGGUCAAGGUGUACAAGCUUUUGGUGGCUCAUGGCCCUGCUGAAGGCCAUGUAUGCGCCUUCAAAACAUACAUGGGGCAGGACAAAGGUGAACUACCAGCAUCAAUGAAGGCUAUUGUUGACUUGAUGGGAGCCGCUGAGUUGUUUGGAAAGGGCCAUAUUCUUUUUACUGACAACAGGUAUAGCUCUCCUGCCCUAUUCCAUUACUUGCAGAGUCAGCAUACAGAUGCUGUUGGUAUGGUGCAGCCAAACUGCAAGUACAUGCCAAAAGACCUGCAAGUGAAGGUCUUUGGGGGUGUGGACUACAGGAGCACGACAACAGGAAUGUUGGCCCUUCAGUGGUUCGACAAAAAGCCUGUAACCUUGCUCUCCACAGUUCACACCAGCGAAAUGGUCACAGUCUUGAGUGAGAGUGGGCGUGAAUGCACCAAGCCUAAGGUAGUAGUGGACUACAAUUCUGGCAAGAAGGGGUCAGAUUUAAGCAACCAUCUGGCUCAACCCCACCCAGCAUUUUGUAAGUCCAAGUGGUACAAGAAGGUACUCUUCUACCUUCUGGACAUGGUAGUGGUCAAUGCCUUCCUGGUGCAUAAAGCACUCGGAGGGCAUAUGGCUCAACUGGAGUUCCGGGAAGAACUUGCUCGGGAGCUCCAACUUGAAUACUACCAAACAAUUUUGGGAUGCCGGAGCCGUUCCUCCCUCACCUCUGAGAGCUGUCUUCAAGGGGCAACAAAACACACCCAAAUAAGAACUCCAGGCAAUAAAUAUCGUCGAUGCCGUGUGUGUUACUCACAAGGCAUAAGGAAAGAGACAAGGACACUGUGCUCAUUAUGUAUGGUUGCACUGUGCCAGUAUGAGUGCUUUGACCAGUACCACAGUAAGAAGAAAUACUGAGUCCAUGUCCUUGUCACUAUUAGUGUAUCUUAUUGUAAAAUUUAGAAAUUUAUAUACUUUUAGAUAAAUAAAGUUUGAAUUUAAAAAAAUCUUUCUAUACCAGUAAUAGCACAUAUCAUGUUUCAGUCAAACUAAAAAAUAUAAGAUAAGCAAAAAUUAAAUGUGGUAAACACGUUUGGUAAUUUACAGUCUAGUAGACACAUGUGUUUAUAUAAAAAUAAAUAAAAAUGAGUUUUUUUUCACAUAGUUAUUAUGACUUAGGCCUACAUAUCAAAUAUCUAACAGACAAAAAAAACAAAAAAAAAAACAAACAAACAUACACAAGGGGUAUACAAGAAAAUGGU